AUGUUCUUGCCUAUCGUUUCACCAACUCGCACUCAUUCCGCCCCUGAAAUCCCAGCUCUUCAGUCUUCUGAUCGCGGUUUUGAUCUCGCCGACAAUGCGGUAUCGAAUGACGCGGUCGGCGACAAGCGCGGCGGCCGCCGCAAAACAUUUGCGCCGGUGUCAAAAUCGCAUUCCGAAGGUCUGUUUGGAUUCACAUUCUUCAGUGUUGCCAUAUCAUAUUCAUGCAUGGAUCAGCACGGCACGACGGUCCCCUCCCAAAUAGCCGGCAGUACUCCUUUAUUGCUGCCGUCUGAUGCGCCGGACCCAACUAUGAACGACGCGCUGAAGACGACAAGAGCCCGACAAAAAACUCUCGUCUCGCGUUCAUCUACUCCUCCAUUUCCAUUGCUUCUCUACCCGAAUUUCGCCGCGCUCGUUUUGAUCUGCCUUACGAUGGCAUCGACGUCGUCGGCGUUCAACGAGUUGCUCGAUCGUCAGCCGCCGAAUCAACGCCAACACGUUCCCGAUCAUGUUUGGGAGCUGUAUGAGCUCGGUGAGCACGACUCCGACUGGCUGCGUCACUACUACCCACGUCGGAUCGACGACACCUCAACCGGAGUCGUUCUCAUGUAUAAUCUGACAGCGGCGACGCGCAAUUCACGACAUGAGCAUGUCACUCGAGCAAUUCUGAAGCUCAAAUUACGAACAAAUGGAAUGGAGGCAAUGAAACGGGACCACAUCGAUUUAUAUGAAUAUGACAAUAGCACGAAGACGAAGCAAAUAAUUGGGAGUGUCGAAGUGCGCGAUUUUAAUAAUUGGAUUGAUAUCGAUGUGACCAACGCAUUCGCGGGUGGAUCCGACAUUGUUCGAAUUGUUGUUGAUCUACCUGAUGGAAUAGAGAUUGACGAGACACCUAGCGACUCAUUGAGCUGGCUACCAUAUGCUAAUGCUCAGAGUGCUCCAUUAAUUGUUUUUAGUGACAACUCUGAACCAUCGAGUGUGCGUCGGAAACGCAGCGCACAGGCCAGCGAACGAAAAUCACGGAAGAAGGGACGAAAACAUCAGAGCUAUUCGCCGGACACGAGUCUUUGCAAGAAAACCGAAUUAUAUGUGGAUUUCGAGCAACUUGGUUGGCAAAGUUGGUUGAUCGCGCCGAAAGGCUACGAGGCUGGUCAAUGCCAAGGAUCGUGCCCGAGUCCGAUGCCGGGACAUCUGAAUGCCACGAAUCAUGCCAUUAUUCAAUCGUUGCUGCAUUCGCUGAAUCCGGAUGAUGUGCCUCCUCCGUGUUGUGUUCCCACCGAAACGAGCCCUCUUUCAGUUCUUUUCAUGGAUAUAGAAAAUGUAAUAGUGAUAAAAGAAUAUGCCGAUAUGCGGGUCGAAACUUGCGGGUGCCGCUGA